AUGCCCACCAACGGCCUGCACCAGGAGCUGAAGGUCCAGUUCGGCCUCGUCAACGACACCGGCCGCUACCUGACGGCCGAGAACUUCGGCUUCAAGGUCAACGCCUCGGCCCCCAGCCUCAAGCGGAAGCAGACGUGGGUGCUGGAGCCUGACCCGGGGCAGGGCUGCGCCGUGCUCUUCCGCAGCAGCCACCUGGGCCGCUACCUGUCCGCCGAGGAGGACGGGCGCGUGGCCUGUGAGGCCGAGCGGCCGGGCCGCGACUGCCGCUUCCUGGUGCUGCCGCAGCCCGACGGGCGCUGGGCGCUGCGGUCGGAGCCGCACGGCCGCUUCUUCGGCGGCACCGAGGACCGGCUGUCCUGCUUCGCCACGGCCGUCUCGGCGGCCGAGCUCUGGACCGUGCACCUGGCCACCCACCCGCAGGCGCACCUGCUGAGCGUCAGCCGCCGGCGCUACGUGCACCUGUGCGCGCGGGAGGACGCGAUGGCGGCCGACAGCGACCGGCCCUGGGGCGUGGACGCGCUCAUCACGCUCAUCUUCCGGAGCCGGCAGUACUGCCUGCGGUCCUGCGACAGCCGCUACCUGCGCAGCGACGGCCGCCUGGUGCGGGAGCCCGAGCCGCAGGCCCGCUACACGCUCGAGUUCAAGGCCGGCAAGCUGGCCUUCAAGGACGCCGACGGCCACUACCUGGCGCCCGUGGGGCCGGCCGGCACGCUCAGGGCGGGCCGCAACACGCGGCCGGGCAAGGACGAGCUCUUCGACCUGGAGGAGAGUCACCCGCAGGUGGUGCUGGUGGCCGCCAACCACCGCUAUGUGUCGGUGCGGCAAGGGGUCAAUGUCUCAGCCAACCAGGACGAGGAGCUGCUUCAUGAGACCUUCCUGAUGCAAAUUGACCAGGAGACGAGGAAGUGCACCUUCUAUUCCAGUACCGGGGGCUACUGGACCCUUGUCACCCAUGGGGGCAUCCACGCCACAGCCACACAGGUUUCUGCAAACACCAUGUUUGAGGUGGAGUGGCGUGGCCGGCGGGUGGCCCUCAAGGCCAGUAAUGGGCGCUAUGUGUGCAUGAAGAAGAACGGACAGCUGGCGGCCAUCAGCGAUUUUGUGGGUGAGCACUCCUCACCAGUCCCAGGGCCCAGGGCGUCCUGGGGAGGACGGCGGGCGGGGCCGUGGCGCCUCAGCCCCUCCUCCCCGCCAGGUGAGGACGAGGAGUUCAUUCUCAAGCUCAUCAACCGGCCCAUCCUCGUGCUGCGGGGCCUGGACGGCUUCGUCUGCCAGCGCCGGGGCUCCAACCAGCUGGACACCAACCGCUCCGUCUACGACGUCUUCCACCUGGGCUUCAGCGACGGCGCCUACCAGAUCCGAGGCCGCGGCGGCGGGUUCUGGUACACGGGCAGCCACGGCAGCGUGUACAGCGACGGCGAGCGCCCCGAGGACUUCCUCUUCGAGUUCCGCGAGCGCGGCCGCCUGGCCAUCCGCGCCCGAGGCGGCAAGUACCUGCGCGGGGGCGCCUCGGGGCUGCUGCGCGCGGACGCGGACACGCCGGCCGGGGUCGCGCUCUGGGAGUACUGA